AAAGAAUUUUAUCUUCACUGUCAAUCCAGCACACAGGCGUGUUUUGCACUGAAACCCUAGCGGGGCUCGUGAAAUAUUGUGCGUGAAAAUUAAUCGGUCGCAACGGUCCAUGAACGCAGCACAAUGAAUCGCAAAGUGUUCUUGGUUCCGAUGCUCCUGGUGUCCUGCUGCUGGUGGCGGGCAUCGCUAGCAUCCGCGCCAACGACCCUGUCUGGCAUUUACGUUGAUAACGGCAUCGACCAAACCAUACAGGAGGACGCACUGUCGUUCGACGAGCAGCAGGAAAUCGAAGAUGAAAUUCUCAAUCUACUCGGAUUGCCGGGUCCUAAGCCCACGGUGCGCCAUCUUCACUCCUCAGUCGGUAAAUCUGCGCCUCAAUUUUUGCUCAAUGUAUACGAUCAGCUGCAGCAGGAACAGGAAGAGAGCAAUGCGGUGAUCGGUGAGAGUGGUGCAUACUCGCGGACACGAAAGGUUCGUAGUGCUACUAGCAUGGAUAUCCUGAUCACCGAUGCCGAUCGAAAGGCGAUUGAAGAAAGCGAUAUAAUAAUGACAUUUUUGAAUAAGAAUCACCAUGGCAGUGAAAUGCGCCACGAGAAAGGCCGUCGCUUAUGGUUUAGCAUCGGCAACAUCGAGAACGACGUCAGCAUACUGAUGGGCGAAUUACGGCUCUAUCGAAAGCUGAAUUUGAAUAAGUUUAGCACGUACAACUCCACUCUUACGUUGACAGUUUACGCGCUCAUUGAACUGGACGGCGAGAGCGAAAUGACUGAAAUCUCCAGCCUGAAGCUGACGGGUGACUUUGAGGGUUGGCUGGAAAUCAACGUAACUGGGGCCGUUGAUUUAUGGUUGAAAAACCGCCAGGCCAACCACGGGUUGUAUAUCGGCGCGUACUUUGGUGAUCGUGUUGAACGCGAAGUCAAGCUGGACGAUGCCGGUUUCGUUAGUGUACGCGGCAGCGAAGAGUAUCAGCCAUUUCUGGUUGUGUACGCCAACAGUCAACAGAUGAUGAAACCGAUCUUGCAGCGUCAUUUAACUCGCAACAAGCGCAACUCUGGCCAGCGUCGGCGCAAGGGAAAAACUGACCACAGAAAUCCCCUCUAUCCGUAUCACCCACAGUUUGAUCAUCAUAAGAGCUGCCGCAUUCAACAGCUGUACGUCAGCUUCAAGGAUCUACAGUGGCAUGAAUGGAUCAUCGCACCUGAAGGCUACGGUGCGUAUUAUUGUAGCGGUGAAUGCAACUUUCCACUGAACGCACACAUGAACGCGACAAAUCACGCCAUAGUACAGACGCUUGUACACCUAAAUCAUCCGACUAAGGUUCCUAAGCCGUGUUGCGCUCCCACGAAGUUGAUUCCGAUAUCUGUGCUCUACCAUAUCGACGAGUCGAACGUGAAUCUCAAAAAGUAUAAAAAUAUGGUAGUAAAAAGUUGCGGUUGUCAUUGAAAAAAGAAAAUGCAACUACAUGCGAUUCAGCCCAAGGUGGAAAUAAGAAAAGUUGUAUAUCACUCAUAUAUUGUGACGUAGAGAAUCAUAAUAUGCCCAUGAUCACAAUUUGGCCUUGAUCGUUGCUGUCGUGCGUGUGUGUUGCAUUUUAUAAAGUUUAUAUUUUAAUGUAUGUAUGUGAAUCCCAAUGCUGCACAAUAUUGAGAGCAGACUGCCGGUAUCGGCGAAGCCAGAGAAGGGUGGCCAUGUUUAAAUUCAUCACUUUAUGGGAAAUCAGAAAUUUCCACAUUAGUAAUCCAUUUGCGCUUGGAUGUAUCAUUUGAUCAUAAACACAUAUACACCUAUAAAUCGUGAGAAAGGUGAUUGCACUAACAAAGCAUAGACAAGUAUUAUUUUCAGUAGAAGCAUCGAACCAAUCUAUGUAAUUUACAUCUGCAAUGCUGCUGUAAUUGUGAAUACACUCGAGAAAGGAGAAAUAAAAGUAUCUAUAGA